AUAGUUCUUCUCUCUUGCCGUGAGUAUUUAAAUACACAGUUACAUACACAUUUAUAUCCAUCUCUUCUCUCCUUAUAUAUAUAUAUAUAUAUAUAGCAUUCUCUUUAGUCUUUCACUCAAGUCCUAUAUAUAAGUAGUACUCUUUGGAAGUAACUACCUCUAUGCCUUUGUAAAUUCACACUCACUCCCUCAACUUCAUCAGCAAAACCAGAAAACACAGCAGUGUGGCAGAGACAUAUAUCCCUUCCCAGACUCAAACCAAUCACUAGUUAGUUAAAUAACGGUUUUUCCUCUUCACAUAUAUUUUAACUUUCUUCUCUCUUCACUCUUUUCUAUUAUAUAUGCCAUCUCAGUCUCACCACCACCACCACAACCACCACCACCACCGUCGCGGCGGCAAUUAAAGAGGCUACUUUUUUUUGGCCAUAUAAAGAAAGAUGAUAAGCUGGGGAGAUCUAUACACCGUGUUAACGGCGGUGAUUCCGCUGUACGUGGCUAUGAUCCUAGCGUACGGCUCUGUCCGGUGGUGGAAGAUUUUCUCCCCGGACCAGUGCUCCGGCAUAAACCGUUUCGUGGCGAUCUUCGCUGUGCCGCUGCUCUCCUUCCACUUCAUCUCCACCAACAACCCGUACACCAUGAACCUCCGGUUCAUCGCCGCCGACACGCUGCAGAAGGUGAUCAUGCUGUUCGCACUCACAAUCUGGACCAAUUUCACCGCCAACGGCAGCCUGGAGUGGAUGAUCACCAUCUUCUCCCUGUCCACAUUGCCCAACACGCUUGUCAUGGGAAUUCCACUCCUCAUCGCCAUGUACGGCGAAUACUCCGGCGAGCUUAUGGUCCAGGUGGUGGUCCUCCAGUGCAUCAUUUGGUACACGCUGCUCCUCUUCCUCUUCGAGUACCGUGGCGCGAAGCUUCUGAUCAUGGAGCAAUUCCCGGAAACUGCAGCUUCCAUUGUCUCCUUCAAGGUCGACUCCGAUGUCGUUUCCCUUGACGGUAGAGACUUUCUCGAGACUGACGCGGAGGUUGGCGACGACGGCAAGCUCCACGUCACCGUGAGAAAGUCCAACGCGUCGAGGAGGUCGUUCAUGAUGAAUACACCGCGGCCGUCGAAUCUCACCGGAGCUGAGAUAUACAGCCUCAGCUCCUCCCGGAACCCCACGCCGCGAGGUUCCAAUUUUAACCACGCAGAUUUCUACUCCAUGAUGGGGUACGCGCCGCGGCACUCGAACUUCGCCGCCGGCGAUGUUUACUCCGCCGCGUCAAAAGGCCCCACGCCGCGGCCGUCCAAUUUCGAGGAGAAUUGUGGCGCGAGCUCGCCGAGAUUCGGGUUCUACCCGGCACCAUCGCAGACAGUUCCGCCGCCGACGUCUUACCCGGCUCCGAACCCAGAACUUAUCUCCACCGGGUUGACAAAGAGUGUGAGCAAGAAUUCUCAGUCACAGUUACAGUCAUCACAGUCACAGCAGUUGAUUCAGCCUAAUCAACCACCAUCCACAAACGGCGCUAAAUUGAGCCACGACGCGAAAGAACUCCACAUGUUUGUGUGGAGCUCUAGCGCGUCACCGGUCUCUGACGUGUUUGGAGGCGGUGAUUACGGACCGUCCGAUCAAUCCGGACGGUCUGAACAGGGUGCCAAGGAGAUUAGAAUGUUGGUUCCUGAUGAACAACCUCAGAAUGGGGUUACUAAUAAAGCUAUGGCUGAGCCAGAAUUUGGAGGAGAUGAUUUAAAAUUUGCUGUUAAAGAAGGAGAACAAGCUGAGGAUCACUUAGAUGGAGAGAAAGGGGGACCCACUGGGCUGAACAAGCUAGGUUCAAGUUCCACGGCGGAGCUCCACCCGAAUGCUGCCGGAGCUGCCGGCGUGAAACACAUGCCUCCGGCGAGUGUUAUGACCCGCCUCAUAUUGAUCAUGGUGUGGAGGAAGCUAAUCAGAAACCCCAACACAUACUCUAGCCUCAUUGGUGUCAUUUGGUCCCUUGUGGCAUUUAGGUGGCAUGUGCGUAUGCCGAAAAUAAUACAGCAAUCAAUCUCCAUACUGUCUGAUGCUGGUCUUGGAAUGGCUAUGUUUAGCUUAGGCUUGUUUAUGGCUCUUCAACCCAAGAUGAUUGCAUGUGGGAACUCAGUGGCUACAUUUGCUAUGGCUGUUCGAUUUCUUACAGGUCCUGCAGUUAUGGCAGCAGCUUCCAUUGCUGUUGGCCUGCGUGGCACCCUCUUACGUAUAGCUAUUGUUCAGGCUGCACUUCCUCAAGGAAUUGUUCCAUUUGUGUUUGCCAAGGAGUACAAUGUCCAUCCGGCCAUUCUUAGCACAGGGGUUAUAUUUGGGAUGUUGAUAGCUCUACCAAUUACACUAGUGUACUACAUAUUACUUGGUUUGUAAGAUAUCUAUAUUGCAGUAGCCAACAUACGGAGACAGAUUGAAUGCGCUUUUGAACUUUUAUACUUUGGGAGUAAGCACUAAGCAUGCAUUCUUGAUGACCACAAUUGAUUGAGCUGCUAUUAGCAACCAUGAGAAUUUCCAAAAGUUUUGGGAAAUUCAGAAUAUUUGACUGAUUGGUCCAAAUUCUCAAAGUUCCAAACUGACGCAAGUUUCAAGAACUUGAGAGAAAGGAAAAUACAGCUUGUGGGAGACAAAGCAGAGGAAAACAGGGGAAAGCUAGCUGCAUGGGUAGAGAGAUUCAAUGAAAUCUUGGAUUGGUCCCUCGUUAUCUGCAUUGUAAAGUAUUAUUAGAAGGUCAAGUUUGUGUUUUUUAGUAACAAAGACGGUUUAGAAAUGGGUAGGGAGAUGAUGAAAUUGGAAUAUAUGAGGAACUUUUUGUUUAUUUUAUUCUUCAAUUUUAUAUUAUUAUUGUUUGUGA